AUGAAUUUCUCUGAACAGUUCACUGGAAGAUCUGAGCCUGGUAGGAAAGCCAACAGGACCAGCAACAACAAUACCAACUCGACAACCAAUGUGGCUACGGUUACCACUGAUGACUCAAACAGACCUGCUUGCGAUCGGUGCAAAGGGCAAAAAUUGAGGUGUAUCUGGGAGAAUGGCUCAAACACUUGCCGCAGGUGCACCCGUGCUCGGGCUGUCUGCCAACAGCCGCGACCUCGUCCUUUUGGUAGACCGCGCUGCUCUACCAAAAGUAAACACCAUGUCGCCCAAAAUCAAGCAAAUACCAAGAUAUGGGUAUCCAGUACCACUCAGCAGCCACAGGAGAAUGACGCUGAAAUGCCUAUGGCGACGUCCGACGAUCAUGAUCCCACUUCCUUUCUUUCUUCUACCGCUGUUGAUCUGCCUCGGUAUCUGGGAUUGGCUUCAUUCCCCACGGACCCCAGCUUGCAGAUAGCCAUCUCCCCGCCACAUGGCGUGCACGGCAAUUCUUUCAAUUUGGAGACAGGUCUGCUUGGGAAUUUUUCUGAUGCGCAAUUCAAGAAUCCUGCCACAUUUUAUCAGCCCCAAGGUUUCAUAAAUGCGGCUAAUCCAGCUACACCCGCGCCUGUGCCCGUGCCUGCAUCCGCACCUGUAUCUGCAGACGGCGCCUCUUUAUUUGAAUUCGACCCUGAUGAUAUAUCAGGAGAUUCAGAGCACAGCCACUGCCAUUGGCUGAAGCAGCUUGGAGAUCUCAAUGUUGCCAUAUACCAACAUCCCUUACACCCCAAGCCCGCUGGCGUGAGUACGCCUGGAGUUUCCACUGGCUUCUCCGCCGAACAAGUUAGCUUGUCUAGCCUUCAGAUCGGCCGACUUCUGCAUAUGACAUCCCGGCUCGGAAGACUGACUGAGGAAAUUGACUCGGCAGAUCAUGUACAACCCAAGAAUGAUGGGUCGGCUGAGUCUGAUUCCUUUGGGGGAAUCAAGCUGGCCAUAAAUGAUCGGUCGACUUUGUUCGUGGUCUUAAGUUGUUAUAAGAAACUUUUGCUCAAGCGUUAG